AUGGGCGACGCAUCUACUAUAGGCGCCUUUCCGCAGACGCCCGUAGCUCAACGCUCUAGGGCGCCUGCUUCUGGCGCUCCAGGGCCUUCCCCAAGAACGGCGUCCAGUCCCCUACCAGUCGCUCCCACCGCAGGCGCCGCGACCGCAAACAAUACCGCCCCAGUCAUUCCCUUGAACGUUCUCGAUGCCCCGACACAGCGUCUCUAUGCGCUCGGAGUUUAUGUUGCCCUGUUUGCGUGGAAGCUAUACGACUGGGCCCAGGUUGUUGAGGAGAACACAGAGUCCUUUUGGCUCUUUUUGAAGUGGAUCGCAAUAGACUGCGCAUUCCUAUUCGGGUUGCCCGAGCUGAGGAUACCAUGGCUUGAGCUGUCGCAGUCGUUCGUGAUUGUGGCCUUCUUCGUCCAUGCUAUCUUUGACUGGAUGCUCAUGUUCAAUCUUGGGCUCCCCUGGCAAGCAUGGAUGUUAGGAUUCGUCAAAGUCUUUUACGACCGGGAGCUCGCCAUCUCGGAGCACAACGUGAAACUCUCGAGCAUUAUACACAACUCUUCCCUGAUCAUGGGUCGCCAAAUUAUCAAUAUCCUUCCAGAAGGCUCGGCCGUGCUCAAUCCAGAACUUCACCCCUUUUGCUUGGGAGGCGACAGACAGGUUGUGUCUUUACCGAUAUUCUUCAACGCAACGAUUCCCGUCGAGGUUGAACUUAUCCGGGUCGACCUUGAAACCGGCCAGCAAGAAUCAGUCAAGCUUACCAGGACCCAAAUUCGGGACAUCGAGAGGAAGGCGAAGCGGGAGAGCCACGACGACGUGCAAGCCAUGGUUCAGUUCGACUACCCGGUUAAGAAACCAGGUGCUUAUCAACUUGGAAGAGUGCUGGAUGAGUAUAAGCUGGAAGUGCAACGUAAGACGUCUCAGACAUUCGUUGUGCCUUGCCCAAAGGCAUGGGUGGGGCCUCCUGUCGGAGGACAGGGACGGUGCCUUGGAGACCUCUCAGACCUGUCCCUGCAGGUUGAAGGGACUCCUCCGCUGAAAAUCAAAUACAGCCGUACCAUAAAUGGCAAGGACCACAGCUUCCACUUCCAGAGCCUGCAGCCAGAGGGCUUCUCCUCCCCACUCGGAGCACUUCGUUCGACUAGCGUCAUCGCAUUGGACGACAACGAUAUCUCGUGGGCGCGGCCUCAGCAGGUUCCAGUUAGUCUCAACGAGUCAAUGCACGUCAGUGGCGACUGGCAAUAUUCUGUGGACGAAGUCCAGGACGGGUUUGGAAACAUCGUCAAAUAUGCGUCCCCGGCCGACGACCCCGAAGGAAAGCCAAAGCCUAAGCAUCUGGUGCAGAGUUUCGUGGUCAAAGAGAGACCCCGGGUGCGGCUGGAAGGUUGCGAUCUUGGAAGACCCCUCAAGGUUGCCAAGGGCAAGUCCAAGGAACUGCCCGUCCGUUUCAAGAUCGAGGGCAAGAAACAGGAGGUCACGGCACACACAUUGAGCUGGCAGUUCUCGCCCAUCGACACUCUUACCGAAAGUGGCGACCACGGCGAUGUGGUGUCUAUUGGGUUUUACAACGCCAAGAAUGAUCGUGACAGGCCCAAGAUCUCUGCUCCCGGUCUUUACACCUUGAAGUCGGUAACUGCAAGCUCAUGCGAAGGCGAGGUGCAGGAGCCCUCUUCUUGCUUGCUGCUCAACCCCCUUGAGCCCACACUUACUGUUCGUUCCGAGCCGAUUCCCGAUACCUGUGCCGGCAACUCUAUCGGCCUGCGGGUGGAUAUGGACCUUAUUGGGACUCCGCCGUUCAACGUCCAGUAUGAUGUUAUCUCAAACGGCGUACAGCGGUCCGAGAAAGUCCACGUUUCUGGCCUUCGAUUCCAGAUGGACCUGGUGCCCCGUGUUGCCGGGCAUCACAAAUACAUCUUCACCCGCAUCGGCGACGCGAUCUAUCCGGCGCAGAAGCUCUCCGGACCGGAAUACGUACUGGAGCAGGACGUGAAGCCGGCAGCAUCAGCUCUUAUUCAGUAUAGCACAGGCAAGAAGGGCGCCUGCCUUGGUGACGUCGUCUCAGCCGACAUUUUACUGCUUGGUGAUCCUCCUUUCACCCUUGAAUGGGAGCUCAUCCACGAUGGCAAAAGAAAGCAACACAAAGCCACAAACAUUGAGGGUGACUCGUACCAGAUCAAGACGGCACAACUAACGCAAGGUGGAGAGUACACGUUGAGCCUGACCAGCAUUCAGGAUAAGAGAGGAUGCCGUAACUUCUUGCAGGACGAGUUGAAGAUCCAGGUUAGGCGCCAGAGCCCCCGUGCUGCGUUCGGCCAGAUUGAGCACAAGCGAAAGGUUAUGGCUGUGGAAGGGUCCAUAGUGAAGCUUCCACUCCGCCUUACUGGGGAGGGGCCAUGGAAGGUCUCGUGGGCCAAUCUCAACCACGAUCCUGCGGAGAAGCCGCAGAUCAGGGAGUCAUUUGUCAAAAACGACAAUGGUUAUCUUAGCGUCAGGGAGCGUGGCACUUACCAGCUCACCGAUGUCUGGGACAAUCAGUGUCAUGGUGUCCCUGAUCCCAAGGCAUCCACUUUUGAGGUGGACUGGUUCCCACGUCCCGAACUGUCGGUGCCGCUCUCGCAUGGCGUUACCCAGACAGACACCGGAUACAUGGUGGAGGAGGUGUGUGAAGGCGACGUAUCGGGAUUCGAAGUCGCCUUGAAAGGAACACCCCCAUAUACCCUGGAAUACACAAUUCGCCACCACCCACCGCAAGGGUCAGGGUCAGUCAGCAAGAAGCGGUUGGACGCUGCGCUCGGAAAGGAGUCGAUCCGGGCGGAUACGGCCAAGGCCGGCCUGUACACGUACAAGUUCACCGCGUUAGAGGACAGUUUGUACAGCAGCGACAAGAAGUUUAAGCCCCUGCAGGUGCAGCAAAAGGUGAACAGAAAGCCGGCGGCAUCGUUUGCUAAGCCGGGGCAGACGUUCAAGUACUGCAAAUCCGAGCAGGACGGCGAGGACGGCAUCCCAGUCCUGCUGACAGGUGUGCCACCAUUUUCAUUGGAAAUCGAGAUCAAACACCAGAGUGCGGCGCUUCCCGAGAUUUACAGGACUCCCACUAUCAAUUCCAACUCGUACGAGCUCCACAUUCCGCGUCAUCAGCUCCGGUUGGGAACCCAGCAGAUACGCAUCCGCGAUGUCAAGGACGGCAGCGGUUGCCACUCAACAGCCGAGGUCGGCGGACCGUCGGUGCAGGUCCAGCUCUUCGAGGCGCCCACCAUCUAUCCGCUGGAGACGCGGACGGACUACUGCGUGGGCGAGCGCAUCUCGUACACGCUCUCAGGCACGCCGCCGUUCGAGGUGUGGUAUACGUUUGGCGGGGUCGAGCGCAAGGCCAAGUCGCCGACGACAAACUUUCGGCGCGUGGCCGAGUCGCCGGGCGAGUUUGUCAUGACGAGCAUCUCUGACAAGGCGAGCGAGUGCCGUGCGCCGGUGCACAUUGCCAAGACGAUUCACCCCAUGCCAGCCGUCCGGAUCAGCAAGGGCAAGAAUGUCCGCGUCGACAUACACGAGGGCGGCGAGGUUGAGAUCCUCUUUGAGUUUUUUGGCACGCCGCCGUUUGAAUUUACGUACACGAGGAGCACCAAUGCGAGAAAGGGGCAGAAGAGCCAGGUGCUUGAGACGAGACACGACAUAAGCGAGGAGCACACCAAGAUUAUCCGGGCCAGUCAGGAGGGCACGUACGAGGUGGUCGCUAUCAAGGACAGGUACUGUGCCUUCUCGACGCAGGCGGCUGCCGAGGUCAGCAAGAAGGACAAGGCGCAGAAGGUGUUGAAGUAUUAA